CUCUCUCCUGGAAAAACUUUGGGUUCUUGUUUCCUUGUAACAAAGAUGAUUCUCCAUACACUGCCUUGCUUAUCGCUUCUAUAGGCUCAUUUGUGUCUAAUAUGAGAAACUCCUCUGGUAUAUCGAUUAGAGCCUCACCAUCAUUAGGCUCAGAUAGUUUACCAUCUCCAACAUCUAAUAUCCAUUCAGAAAAAUCCUUAAUAUCAGUAGCUUCUUAAGGAGUUAGACCAACAGACAACAAUCGCAUAUUCCUUUGUCAAUUUGAAAACUUUGCAAUGCUCCCAAAGAUACGACGAAUUCAAAGAAGCCAAAACUAUAUCAGCCCGACUGCCACAAGAGGUACAUGAAGUUAGGUGCCUGACAGGUUCCAAGAAUGAAGCACUUUAACUCGAAUUUGCCAAUUGUGCCUGACAGGUUUCACACCAUCGAUUAGAACUUUUGUGCUUGGUUUAGACAUUUUUUUUUGGGAACUUUUUGUGGAUGUCGAAUGCUGAAUAAGAAGAGUCAUAUUUAUGGAGACAUUUAAGUGGGAGGUAAAGAAUAUUCCCUAACCUAUUAGGUUAGUUAUAAUAAAUACAAAAUCUCUAGAUUUUAUUCUAACAAACUUGGAGAAGGGGGUUUUCCAUAUCCGAGAUUUUAGGCAUAUAUGCACAACUUGGGGAAGGGGUUUUGUUAUAAACGUUUUUUAUAAAGUAUAAACUGAUGUUUAUGUUAUUGAAAUAAGAAUAUACGGUUGAAAUCAAAUCUUCUGUUUCAAAUUCGGUUUCAAAUGGAAAUAUACUCGGGUUUUGUUAUAAAAGUUUUUUGUUAGGCAUUUUUAAGUUUUGUUACUUCAUACGACCAUAUGAGUAUUUUAAAAUAUAAUUCAUACGACCAUAUGAGUUUUGUAACAUAUGAAGUUUUGUAGCAUAAUAAGUAUUUUAAAAUAUAAUGACUAAUCAAUGCCAAAACGUGAUAUAUGGACCAGUGUAAAGAGCGGGUUUUUUAUAUAGUGUAACUUUGAUAUAAUAUAAGUAUAUAAUAUAAGUAUGACAAUGUGAGAGUGUAAAGUUAAGAAUUUUUAUAUAGCGUAACUUUGAUAUAUAUGUAUGUUAACGUUUCACAUUAGAGGGAGGGGUUUUUAACAGAUGUAUAUUUUUAUGGUGGAGUAUGAUACGGUGGAUAUAAAUAUAUAUUAGAUGAUGGAGUUAAAUGGACUAUAUUGAACCGAUAAAGGAAAUAUUAAAAUGUAUGGUUAGACUAAGAAUAAUAAUGUGAUGUCCAACUUAAAAAUCCACCUAGAAAAAGUUGUAAUGUUUCUAUUUUAAUAAGAUAGAUUUCCGGAGUAAUAUGGAAUCAAGGGAAAAAAGAUUUGGCAGCUCUAAAUACCUUACAAUUUACGAUGUAUCUACGAGUAAUUAUUCUUUUUUUGAAAAGGAAAUGAAUCGGCACUAUUAUAUUUUAAGUGUUUCAGAAAAAAAAGAAGAGAAUUGAGGAAAUGAAUCUGAAUAUACCAUUUGCCAGAAAUAUUUAAUCCAUGCAUAAGGUAAGUCGAAAACAAAAUAUACGAAUGUGUUUUGCUAUGCCCAUCUUACACUAUAUAUCUCACAUAUCUCACAAGUCGCAAUAUAUCAUUACGAAUGGGUUUUGCUAGAGCAGCUUGCAUGACAAUCCUCUUUCUUUUGAUAAUAUUCUUUCUUUCGCCGUCUUCGGCCGUGGACAUUCCCGUCGUAUCCCACAGUGGUCGCCGGAGCAACGUCGAGGUUGGGUUCAUCUUCCAAACGUGGUUGUCCACUCACGGGAAGAGUUAUGUCAAUGCUCUCGGAGAGAGGCAACGGCGUUUUGAGAUCUUUAAGGACAAUCUUCGUUUUGUCGACCAACACAACGCCAAGAACCUCAGUUACCAGCUCGGUUUGACUCGGUUUGCUGACCUAACCGUUGAAGAGUACCGAGAUCUUUCGUCUGGACGCCAUGAUAAUGAACCGAUACAAAGGGCUCGCAGAGUCAGUCAUAGGUACGUGUCACUUCCCGGAGAUCAGCUCCCAGAGUCCGUUGACUGGAGAAAAGAAGGUGCCGUGACGGCGGUUAAAGACCAAGGCUCUUGCAGUAGCUGCUGGGCAUUCUCCUCAGUAGCAGCUGUGGAGGGAAUAAACAAGAUCGUGACAGGAGAGUUAAUCUCACUCUCCGAGCAACAAUUGGUUGAUUGCAACACCGGUAAUUACGGUUGUGAUGGAAGAGGCUAUAUGGACAUAUCUUUUAAGUUCCUUAUCAAUAACAAUAUUGGUCUUGUUUCCCAAAUUGAUUAUCCAUACAAGGCCGUUCAAGGCAACUGUAACCACAACGAGAAGAGUGCAAACAAGGUCGUUAAAAUUGACGGCUACGAGGAUUUGCCAGUGAAUGAUGAGAUGUCUUUAAAGAAAGCCGUUGCUCACCAACCCGUGAGUGUUGGCAUUGACAAAAAAUCCCGAGAAUUCAUGCUCUAUAAAUCGGGUGUAUAUAAUGGACCUUGCGGGACACAGCUUGACCAUGCGGUUGUUAUCGUGGGGUACGGUAGUGAGAACGGUCAAGACUAUUGGAUCGUGAAGAACUCAUGGGGAACGAUAUGGGGAGAAGCUGGCUUCGGUAAGAUGGCUCGUAACAUUCAAGAUCCAGCAGGUAUAUGUGGAAUCACGCUGGUUGCUUCAUAUCCUAUCAAGAAGUAGACUUCGAAUGCAUGAGGGCAAGAAUCUAUAAUGGCACUUCUAAAGGGAACUGUAAUGAGUGUCUGGACUCUGUAGGUUUUUUAGCCAUGUGUUCUUCUACAGAUUAUGUUUUAAUUCGGCUACAAAGAUUUUAAAUAAUGUUUCAAACGUCAUGUUUUUAACCCAUUUUUCGAAGAUGAAAAGUGAGUGUGAGAAUGCACUAGACAUGUUAAUCCGGAGUCCAAAUCUGCUCAGAACUAUUAAUUAUUGGACUUCAGCUUAGUUACAUAAACCCAAAAAUAAGGGCGAAAUCCAUUUGGAUUAUUGAUGUUUUGGGAUUAAGCAUCUUUGGUUUAUGGUUUCAAAAACUCACAGUUCUACAUUUUAGGUUAGAUAAUAUCAUCAUUUGUGAUUAGAGCUAUUCUUAGUAUUGACAUAUUGUUUCAAUACUCUUUAUCCAAACACUAACAAAACAAAUAUGGAAGAUGUGAUUCUACUUUUCUUUUAUCAUUACAAAAGACAUUUCAAAAUCGAUAAAUAUUCUUUCGUCAUGUAGAAUAUGUUUUUUGCCAAAAAAUCAGUGUAAGACUUUUAAAUGUGUCUGACAUAACUUUUAUUCUACAUAUUUAGUUUUAAUUUACAACAUUUAAUUAUUUAAAUAUUAUUAAAUUUGACUUAAUUAUAAUAUGAUUUCAAAGUGUAUUUGAAAGACGAUAUAUUGGAACUCAUUGUUUAUAAAAAUUUAGAUGUUUCAGAAUCAGAGAAGUGUUAGACACAACUAUAGUAAAUUAUCUCGAAAAGUCUAAAAAACCUGAAAACCCUAUAGUCCUAAUAAGACAGGACCGAAUUUAAAAAUAUAUGUGUAAAAUAUUUUUAGAACGGACCAGACCUGAUUCAAUAUUCCUAUGAUUUGCAUGUUGUAGACAGGCCGAGCUAGCUGACCAGCUCAAUUGACAUCUCUAUAACGCACACAAUUUGUUUAUGGAAAAUUUAUUGUAGGGCUGGACAUAUUUUUCGUAAAUUUUGAUUUGAUCCAUUAUUUGUUUUGAUAUGAUAAUAAAUGGAUGUUCGUAAAUUUUUAAAGCAAACUAAAUACUAAAAAUUAAUAUCUUAGUCUGAGAAAUGUUUUAAAUCAAGAAAGAAAAUAAGAUCUUUAUAGUUGUACCCAAUUUCUAGAUUUAUUUGUUUUAAACAAAAAAUGUGAAAUACUCGUAAGCAUUCACAAAUAUCUACUAAUAUCUAUUAAUUCUUCAGAUAUCCUUAUUUUUGAAAUAUCAAAAAUCAGAAAAUUAGAUAUUUGUUUUUGUUUGAUCAACAGUUUGAUAUUCAUAUAAUCUGGAAGAAACCACAAAUACUGAAAUUUUGCUAGUUUUCAAUCUGUGCACACACCUAAAAUAUUGUAGUCUUUUAUGCUACUAUGAGUUUGAUUUGUGUUGGAGUUGAAUUUUGGUUAGGUUAUAUAUCGCAGUUGUGAACCUUCUUUUUCAUUUUCAGAUGUGAACCUUUCUUUGCAAGAAACUGAUAUUAUUUUAUUUGACUUGUGUUGUGUCUUAGCCAAAUUAAAGUCUCUACUUGUCAUUCCCAAACAUUUUGUCUAUGUUCUCUAAGUGUAAUAACCUUAUUAAGUUUGUCGUUAUAUUUUGUUUCACAUGAAAAAGAAAUAUCAAAUGAGAGGAGAGUUUUCGGUGUCCAAAUAGUCAACUAGUAAGGGUAAUACCUUCUUGACAUCGACAUCAACGCAAAUCCGAACUUAAAUCAUUCAUUUGUAAAAAAAGUUUGAAUCUCUUGCAUGAGUAGAUUAAUCAAGUGGUGAUACCUGAUUACCAACCACACGGAUAACUGAUGUUUGUUAUUGAUGUGUAUCUCGAACUGAAUCUCAAAUGGAUCUUGAAUGUUUGCUCGACGAACCUUGAACCCAAUUUCACUCAAAACAUUCUUUUAAAUUUCCAAUAUGAAAUUUUGACUCGUUCAGUCUAGAUGAUGUUACGGGGGAUAAUUUAGAGAAAACGAUACGUAUCUUUCAAACUAAAUAUGUUGGACUAGGACUAUUACAGUUCAGUUAUAAAAGUAAAGUCUGAAAUUUGUGAAUCUUAAAUAUAAUAUAUCUAAAUAUUACUAUAAUCUGAAUCAAUUAAUUGUUGUCAGAAUAUGAUUUCUAUAGUAUUCUUCUGUUUGAGUUCUUAUGAAUUUUAAGGAUUUUACUGGUCAAUAACAGUUAGGCUAUAAAAUAUUCAUCUUACUCCUAAGUUAUCCCUAACACUAGUAGACUUUAACAGCCUACGAGUAAAAUCCUUACUUAGGUCAAUAAAUUUCAAUUUCAAAACCAAUUGGUAAUGGAAUUGACUCAUAUCCAGGGUUGCAUCUAGACAUAUAUUUUGGAAUAUUCCCUAAAACACAUGAUUUGGCCCGAAUGAAUUAUAUAGACAGAUUGGUUGACUAAUAUAAACAAGAUAACGCUAGACUCGCUUGGUUGGUUGUGGUACUACAUUGUUUACGACCAAAACU